UGUGCUCUGACAUCGGGGAAGGGCUGAUGACCAGGGCCGUUGGCGAGUCUGUCACCUUCCAGCUCAAGAAACUGGAUGGAAAGUCCGUGGUGUGGAACUUUGGAAAUGGUGCUAUAGCAACCGUGAUAUUCGGCGAUCCUCCUGAUCCCGUGCGGGCCGUUGGCGAGUCUGUCACCUUCCAGCUCGAGAGACUGAAUGGAAAGUCCGUGGCGUGGAACUUUGGAAAUGAUGCUAUAGCAACUGUGAUAUUCGGCGAUCCUCCUGAUCCCGCGUUUGUGAAGGAAGACUACAAACCGCGCUUGACCUUCCCCAAGAACGGCACCGCGCUCACCAUCUCCCAGCUGACGAUGGAUGAUGCUGGUACCUACGUCGCAGAUACCAAUCUGUUAAAAAUCACCUUCACCCUACACGUGUACAGCACCUACUCCAGCAGGCAGGCUCUAAUCGUGGUGUCAGUGAUUGGAGCCGCGGUCCUUUUAGCAGCGAUUGUCUUCGUGGUCUGCUGUACACGAAGAGGGUGGAGGAUCUUCCAUUUGCCCACAGCCAAGCCUACGGACACAGGGGCCAGAGCAGGAGCAGAGGACUCGACGGUGUACGCCCAGGUCGGCCCUUCUCAGCAGAGGGACCUGCAGAAUUUCUCUAACACACAGCAAGAUGACCCAAAGAAGGCACCAAUCCCAGACAUGGACAACUCCAGAACCAUCUAUUUCACCGUCCAGGCUGUGCCCCAGACAGAUGAUGAGAAGAUGGGCAACAACGUGCCGGGGUGCCGAAAGCAGGAUGAGAAAAGCCACCACUUGUUGGUCAGCUAG